AUGAUAGCCGGCCACCGAUUCAACAUGCUUGCUCAUGGAGAUUCGCUGCUGUUCCAUCCGAGCUCAGCUGGACACCACAUUUUCGACCUUAACCUCGCCUUGAUCAUCGUUUCGACUAUACUCAUAUCUCUCCGCAUUAUCGUACGGAAGUUCGUGGUCAAGGCCAUGGGAUGGGAUGACCUGAUUGCGAUAGUGGCCUGGGGACUCUGCGUGACGCUGUCGGCUCUCGAAAUGGACACUACCAAUUACGGCACAGGGGCUCAGAUGGAAGAUGUGCCUCGAGAGACGAUGCUUCAGUUCCUCAAGAGGCUUUCCAUCAUGGAGCUCGUCUACCUCAUCGCAUCUGGAGCGGUACGAUUGUCGAUCCUGGCAUUCCUGCCGCGCUUGAGCAAGAAUAAGAUAUACAGGUGGAUUAUUUAUGGCCUCAGCUUCAUCGUCGUAGUCGUCAGCCUGACGGGCUUUUUCUUUGUGUUGACUGAAUGCUCGCAAAUCCCUGACGUCUUCAACUAUGACGCUUCCUGGCGACAGUGUAAAGACAAGAGCGAAGAGCAGUCGAUGAUGCUUGCCCAUGCCAUCAUCUCCAUCUUCGUGGACUGCAUGCUGGUGGCUCUUCCACUCUGGGUCGUUACAAACUAUCUCAAAAUGGGUGUCAAGGCGAUACAGAUCUUGAUCGUCUUCUCCUUUGGCAUCUUCGCAGUCGCCACUGGCAUCGUCCGGCUCUCCAUCAUCAUUACAACAGACUUCAGUGUGAACACAACGUAUAAGAUGCUGACUGUCGCCGCAUGGACCGACGCCGAACUCCACGUCGGUCUUUGGGUUGGUUGCUUUCCGGCGUUGCAGCCCUUGCUUAGACAAGCGUCGUUGGCCCUGGGGCUGCGAAGUCAACUGGAUAGUAGAGCUCCUACAAGCAAAAGAGAUACGACUGUCUCUACGGACACGUCCAACAGAAAGAGCGUUACCAACCGGUGGUCGCGCAGCUCAGGCUAUUUUUGGAGUAUCGGUGGUCGACCAAAUAGGGAAGCCGGAGGCGGAGGGGGGCGUGUCGAGGUCGAGAGAGGCACAUCUGGAGGUGUUGAGAUGACAGACCUGGAGAAGGGGGGAGAUAGAGGGCUCAAUCGCGAACAGACAGACAUCUCGGUCGAUAUCGACCUCGGCGAAAGGCCGAACACGGGAUGGGGGGCAGAGACGGGGGCGGAUGCGAAUGGCCAAAGAUAG